AUGAGCAGUAAAAGCAGUCAGGGCAGGAACGUCGAAAGAGGCAAGGUAGAAUCGAGGAAGGAAAGUGCAAGGAGCUCAUCCAAAGUUGAAGAACCUCAACACGCAGCCAUUAUCGAGGUUUACUCUGUGGCGACGAACAAUACUGAUAACCAAGACAAACUUACGAAGUCUGACAGUCCGUCAUCUUCGAAAGAGGACAUCUCAUCCCGCAGCAAAGCCAACGCUACAGUGUUUGAUGCAGAAGAGAAGGCACACGUCGGCCAGAUGGCAUCAAGAUCCAAGACUCCCAUGAGCAAAGUUGCCAUGGGCAAGUCCAAGAAAAGUGGUACAAAUCCGACCGCGCCUAAAGUGAAAGAAAAUGAUAUGCAAGAGAAUAAUUCAAUGAAGAAAGAGGCGAAACGCAAGAGCCAGAAAACUAGUGUAAAGGGAACAAAGUCUGGGAAAAGAAAAGUAGACAAGAAGAAAACCAAGUCCAAAGUAAAGAUCCACAGCAAGAUCAUGAGGAGCUCUCAAAGGCCUGGUUCACCUGUCGUAGAACCCACAAAAUCGGAAAACUGGCAUCCAAGUGAGGCGCCUUCCAGUAGCCCAGGCAAAACGCACAACUGGGCUGCUUCCAGUAGCCCAAGCGAGACUCACAACUGGGUUCCUUCCAGUAUGCCAAGCGAGUCGCAUGAAUGGGAUCUCUCAAGAGCACCUUCCCAGUUUCCAACCUUCAGCCCUUCUAUCUUCCCUUCUGAAACUCCAACGACAACGCCUUCCUUAGCCCCCUCUGGAUCACCGUCAAAUGGGCCCACCAGACUUCCCAGCUCUUCUCCUAGUUUCAGCCCCACAGGAGCUCCUACAGCUGGUCCCAGUUUGGCCCCAAGUGUUUCUCCAAGCUCUUCUCCUAGUUUCAGCCCUACAGGAGCUCCUACAACAGGUCCCAGUUUGGCUCCAAGUGCGUCUCCAAGCUCUUCUCCAACAGCAAAGCCCAGUGCCUCUCCUAGCUUACGUCCAACUGCACAGCCCAGUGGCAGCCCCUCUGGAUCACCCAGUAGUAUGUCUCCUAGCCCAAGUCCAACUGCACUGCCCAGUGGCAGCCCCUCUGAAUCACCGAGCACUGCCCCAUCUAGUUUGCCCUCUGAAGUGCCAACUACUGGUCCGAGUAAGGGGCCAAGUUCAAGCCCAAGUGACAGCACUGCCCCAUCCAUCCAUCCAACAAUGAUGUCGAGCUCUCCAAACGUCUCCAAUAGCAGUCUCAAUCAACAAUUGAUUGCUUGUGUAUCCGUUAUCGACGAAGCCGUGGACGCACCCAUGGUCUACAACGAAACUAUCGCCAGCAGCUGGACAGAAUUUCGACGACUCUAUCCGGAACGACCAUUUUGCCUAUUACAGCCUCGUGACUUUCAAAAAAGCACCCUGAUGAUUCCUCCUGUAUUCUUGAAUGAUAGUCACGCCAUAUUCUCCAAGGUGGAUCGUGAUUAUGGUGACGAGUCUGCUACGAAUAACUGGUUUCACAAAUGUAACAUGGACCAUCUUGGUGCAUUGGGAGUGACAGCUGUGGCCUUGUUUGUGGACAUUUCAGGCAGUUUGAGAUUGGAAGAUGUGCAAGCAUCACAUGAUUUGUUUUGGAAUACAUUGGAGGCAAGUGGAAUGACACUAAUCAAGGCCGUCUACAACGAAGAGGAGAAUUGGGUCUGGCCUUUCAUUGCCGAUUACUAG